AUGCAUUGUAGGAUAUUCAUCGUUUUCGCGAUCUCGGUCGUCAUCACCAUCCAGACGACCGAUUUCCAGGAUAACCUUAUACAAGGUUAUAGAUCGCUUAUCGCCGACAUUCAAAUGCGCACACAAAAGUCCCGGGAAGACAUGGACACACUUGUGUCCCAAAUAAAACUGCUCAUGAAAAAUGAAGCAGACAAAGCGAUUAACUACAUGACCGUUUAUCUUGAACAAAUAUCGUUAUAUUUCCAAGUGAUCAUACAUGACCGCAAACCCCGCAACGGGACACAUUGCAAAGAGAGCAUAGUAAAACUCCUUGGAGAAAAUCUGCAGUUGGCCGACGAGAAUGUGACAUUAUGUCUCGCCCUUGGCUAUCAAAGAGUGCAACGAUUACCAGAAAAAUUAAACGUUCAUUUUGAAACGCUGGACAAUUUGAAGAAAUAUUCAGCUUCAAAACUAUUUGAAUGUCAAAAACAGCAGCAAGUCGGCGGGAAUUGCUCUCACGAGAGUCAAGAUCUCGAGAGGACCGUGUUUUUAUAUGAAACAUCACCAUUCCCGGUGGUGAUGGCAGAAAUAGCAAUCCAUGGCUUCAAAGAAGUAUCAGAUCUGAGCGUAUGCCUCAAAGAUAUCAUCUCCAGGAUGAUGACACAUUCAGUCAAGGUCAUCGGAGACUUCAACAGGUGUAUUCACAAUAUUGAGAUGCCAAAACUUAAAUAUUUAUUAAAAUUCAUGAAGAAAUAUGCUUGA